GACGACGACGCCGACGUCAUCCGCGGGUAACGGCGAUUCGCCGCCGAGAUCCCGGAUCGGGACGCCGCAGACGUCAUACGCCAAUCUGACAUCGACGAACGAUCGUUCCGCUCACGCGUCGAUCUCGGGGCUGAACGUCAAUCUCGAGAGCGCGAACGCAGUAUCAGCUCGAUCCCUCCUCAUCAAGUAUCUCCUCAUCUUGCAUUUAGCGUCGGUCUAGAUCACGCAUCGUGGCUUUCACAAGCUUCCUCGGAGUCGCCGAGGUGCUUUUCGUGUCGCUAAUAUCGGUGGUGAUCGCUCGGAGAACUAAAUGAUCCUAGAUCGAAUCGAGUCGAGCGAUUAAAGGAUUUGGUGAUUCGUAGAUUAAAGAGGGUGGAGAAGUCAGUGAUCGCACAAGAAGUGACUUACGUGCCACAGUGCGAGUACGCUAAAACCUGGAGUUAUCCUAGCGCGUUUGAUAUCGGCCUGAUAACGAAUGAUCGAGGAGGCACGAUGAACGGGGCAGCAACGGUCACGGCCUCCGAAGAUCAUCAGCAUCAGCACCAACAAGCGCAGAAUGAAACGACGUCGGAGCAUCCACGGAGUCCUGCCAGUCCGCUGAGCGUUAGACACGAUUCCGGCGAGAGCAGUGUCAUUUCCCCAGGCCUGCCGGAGCGUUACAGUCCUCUGGGAGCGACGGGAUCCACAUCCAGCCACGAUCCUUACGCCUCCCGGUCGGUCCAGGAAUGUCCGGUGCCCCUCUGCAGAGGGAUGCCGACGGACUUCCCUCUGGCCAGGUCACCAUACCUGACCGCGCUGGGGAACGGCCAUCCGCACUUGCUCGGCCAGGUGCAGCAUCAGCAACAGCAGCAGCAGCAGCAAUCGCAGCAGCCGCAACACGGCAGCAAACCGCCGCGAAGCCUCGGGCUAAUUUGCGUGGUCUGCGGUGACACCAGCUCCGGGAAACAUUACGGGAUACUCGCCUGCAACGGUUGCAGUGGCUUCUUCAAGAGGAGCGUCAGACGGAAGUUGAUUUACAGAUGUCAAGCUGGUACCGGAAGAUGCGUCGUGGACAAGGCGCAUCGAAAUCAGUGUCAAGCUUGCCGUCUGAAGAAAUGUAUGCAAAUGGGAAUGAAUAAAGAUGCUGUCCAGAACGAACGUCAGCCGAGGAAUACUGCCACCAUUAGACCGGAAGCACUCGUCGAGAUGGACCAAGAAAGGGCGCUGCGCGAAGCCGCCGUCGCCGUGGGCGUCUUCGGACCGCCAGUCUCCUUGGCUAUGGCAAGAUACACUACGCCACUACCUCUACCCACAGUCGCACCGACGACAAACUCUACAAAUAAUACAGCAACACCACCUCGACAAGACAACGAGGACGGAAACGCGUCCGAGGAUAGUAUAGAUGUAACGAACGAGGAGCCAUUGACACCUCAACGAAGUGGAUGCGCGCAGCUUCCACCAAUACUCCCGUCAUUAUAUUCACCUGCGAGUGCCGAAACGGUCUACGAGACCAGUGCGAGGCUGCUCUUCAUGGCCGUUAAAUGGGCGAAAAAUCUUCCCUCUUUCGCUGGCUUGCCAUUCAGAGAUCAGGUAAUAUUGCUGGAAGAGGUCUGGUCGGAGCUGUUCCUCCUCAAUGCGGUUCAAUGGUGUCUGCCACUCGAAUCGUCGCCUCUCUUCAGCGCUGCCGAACUGACGGCUCUGACCCUUUCGCCGCAUCCGCAUCCGCAUUCGGGAUUGCACCUACAAACCACCACGGGUAAACCCAGUCAAGUAGCGGCGGAUGUCAGGCACUUGCACGAUACCCUGCAGAGAUAUAAGGCAGUCAUGGUCGAUCCCGCGGAAUUCGCUUGCAUGAAGGCCAUCGUUCUCUUCCGCCCAGAAACCCGAGGCUUAAAGGACUCCAGUCAAAUUGAGAAUCUGCAGGAUCAGGCACAGUUAAUGUUGGGACAUCACGCGCGCGCUCAACAGCCAAAUAGCCCGGCCCGUUUUGGCAGGUUGCUGUUGUUGCUCCCGUUGCUGCGAAUGGUUCCAGCCUCAAGAGUGGAACUGAUUUAUUUCCAUAGGACUAUCGGCAAUACACCGAUGGAAAAAGUCCUUUGUGACAUGUACAAAAAUUAAAAAUCAUCUCGGACAUCUUUCAGGGAAAUUCCCCGAGAACUAUGAAACUGAUAACGCGAGUUACGCAGGAUUCGAAAGAUUUGACGUUAGAACAAGGGAGGCGGAAUCAAUCACCGAAGAUAGACAGCAAAGACUGGUAAACGACUUUCCUAAGGAUGUAAAAAUCAAAGAGCAAAGCGCGCGCGCUUUGUUCCGACAUGAUCAGGCCUAAGGACGAAGUCCCUUCGAGAUGAUCAUAAGAUAAUAAAUUCGAUUGGCAAGUAUUCCUACCGUACAAACGCGAGGCACAGGAAGAAUGGCGUCGCUAACGAAUAAAACGGCAACUAAAAUCGACCGAGGGGCACUCAAUCGCGGCGUAAAUAUACACAUAGACACAUACAUAUAUAUGUAUUUAUUUAUUAUAGACAUAUAUAUCGGGCGUUAGGCCCGGCACGUUGAUAGAGCGUUUCUUUCGUUUCUCGUAGGAGAUCGAUCGAUCAAUCCGAAAAAAACGGGGAUAUUUCGUUUUUAUUUUUUUUUCUCUUUUAUACCUUGACUUACGUUCGUCGUGAAAUUACCGAAUUAAAGAGGAAAGUGACGGGAGCGAUGAACACGUGUGUAACCUUGCGAUCUGUAACUUUGUGCGAACGUUAUUAAAAAUAUGUGACGCAGGAUUCAAUUAUUUUGUGGAAUAUAUGUUCGUGAAAUCGCAGUGAAAUUAUUUGAAAAAUUAACGCAAUUAAAAUAUUCUUUUCUCCUUUUUACACCUGAACAAAUUUAUACAUCAGAGAUAUGAUUAAUAAACCGUGGAGAUAUAUACUGCAAAAUCAGAAUUAAAUUGCAUUUGGAAAUUAUUCAGGCAGUAAUAUAAAUUCAUAAAAUUUAAUGUUGCAUAAUAUGAUUAAUGAAAGUAAUUUGAUUCACGAAGGUGUGUGAGGAAUUAACUUCUUUUUUUCAGCGCUGUAAAUGAAUGCUCGUCCGCACUUUCUCUGUAUAUUUCGUGUUGUGAUACUAUUCGCUGUAAAAGUCUACGUAUUCUCAAUCGGUGAUAUGUAUUGUAACGAUUACUUGUAAUAAAAGUAAAUCUGAUUAA